AAGAUUUUGGGAAAUAAAAGAAGUGAAGAUAGACUAGACAAGGCAUGCAUGAUGGGAUAAAAAUAAAAUAUCUGGUGUAGAUGAUUGCCUGAAUAAGGACAAUAGGGUAUGACAAGGUGGUCAUCAUUUAAAGCCCUUCCAAAAUAAACAAACUACUUGUAUAAAUGCUAAAGUCUGAAAGGUAGCAUUUCCUUCCAGCCACCAUAGAUGCACCAUAUCUAUAUGAUAGUUUGAAAGGUUGCUAAAGGAACAGUCUGGACUGCAAACUUGAAAAGGAUCUGAUCAUAGUUUGACAAUCAUGGGGCAGGAAGAAAAGCAGGUAUUCUCUUCUCCUUUGCCUGUUCUACCAAGAUUGGAUCGCCUUGAUCGUUUGCUGCAGUUUCUGGAAGAGAAGCAUUCCUUGUCAGGAAGGCACACAGCCAAGUCUGUAGUCAGGACAGUGGAAGCAGAAGAUCAGUUCAAGAAUUUAUCAUCUGCACUUGAGGAAGUUCAACACAAAGGCAACCUGAUGGAUAGACUAGAAAUGCUCGAAAACCGAGUAUUACAGUUAAGCCUAGAGAUGGAUAUAGAGAACACAUCGAGGUCAAGCUCUUCCACCUUUCAAGGACCUGAAAAAAUGGGCCGUGAUGAGGCUUCAACCAUAACCACUAAGGAGGAUGAGCAAAUGAUCACCACCCACAAAGAGAAGCAAGAUUCUCUUACAGAUCAAGAGAUCACUUGCACUGCAGAAGCAUGUGUAAGAAUUUCAAAGUCAUCCCAAAAAGAUAAAAGGCACAAAAAGAAGCGCAGGGCAUGGCUUGGAUGGCUUGCAAUGGGAUGCUAAUGUUCGCUAUCCCCAGCAACUUGGGCAAACUAGUUUUCACUUGCAAGUUCCACAUCCUGCAGCUUUCACGAAGCUCUUGCUCUUCUUGUCUAAUUUUCCAUAACCUUUCUAUGUCUAAUCAUUGAUCCUGUUAGUCUCAAAAUGUUAAUAAAUUUCCCAAUUUACUUAA